CGCUCCGUUAGUUUCCAUGUGACGCAUGCGCAGUAGGAUGUAAACAGUGGUGCUAGGCCUCGCUCCGUCGCCGCUCCUCCUCGGUCUCUCCCCGCGGCUCUGUGGACACGUAUCACGGCUGUUGCAUGGGCUGGACCCCGGCAAAUCCUCCGCUGGCUGGAUCCCUCUCAAGUGGAUUUACCAAAGGAUGCUAAAAAAUACCACUUUGUUCUUUGUCGAUUAGUUUUCUUAUAGCUUGGGGGACUACAGUCUUCGUGCAUGGGAAGCAGACGACCGAGGCUGUGGCUCGUUAAACUCGAUUCAAGGUGGCUACAGACCGAGUUGCAGGAAAGCUGAGUUCAACACUCUCAUGGGUGAAGCAGUCAGUCAGUCACAUGGCUAGCACAGUGGCCACACCCAUGUCCCUCACGAGCUCUGACUCCGUGCCCCUGUCUUCCCCGGGACUGUCCCCAUCCACUCCGGGACAGCUCAGCCCUGAUGAUGUGGAGCUGCUCGCCAAACUGGAGGAGCAGAACAGGCUGCUGGAGACUGACAGUAAGUCUCUGCGCUCCAUGAACGGCUCUCGGAGAAACAGUGGCUCAUCCCUGGUCUCGUCCUCCUCUGCCUCCUCCAACCUAUCCCACCUGGAGGAGGACUCCUGGAUCAUGUGGGGCCGCAUCGUCAAUGAGUGGGAGGACGUGCGCAAGAAGAAGGAGAAGCAGCUAAAGGACUUUGUGCGAAAAGGAAUUCCUCACCACUUCCGGGCGAUUGUCUGGCAGCUGCUGUGUAACGCCCAGAACAUGCCCAUCAAAGAUCAGUACUCAGAGCUGCUCAAGAUGACAUCUCCUUGUGAAAAACUGAUUCGUCGGGACAUUGCACGUACUUAUCCCGAGCACGAGUUCUUUAAGGAGAAGGACAGUUUGGGCCAGGAGGUGCUUUUCAAUGUUAUGAAGGCAUACUCCUUGGUCGAUCGUGAGGUGGGAUAUUGUCAAGGAAGUGCCUUUAUUGUUGGACUGCUCCUCAUGCAGAUGCCAGAGGAGGAGGCAUUCUGUGUCUUUGUAAAGUUAAUGCAAGAGUACAGGUUACGAGAGCUCUUCAAACCCAGUAUGGCUGAGCUGGGACUCUGCAUGUACCAGUUUGAGAGCAUGAUACAAGAGCACCUCCCGGAGCUGCACAUCCAUUUCCAGGCUCAGAGCUUCCACACAUCAAUGUACGCCUCCUCCUGGUUCCUCACCAUCUUCCUGACCUCAUUCCCUCUGCCUGUGGCCACCAGGAUCUUUGACAUUUUCAUGUGUGAGGGUCUGGAGAUUGUGUUUCGUGUGGGACUGGCCAUUCUGCAGAUGAACCAAGCUGAACUCAUCCAGCUCGACAUGGAGGGAAUGUUACAGCACUUUCAGAAAGUCAUCCCGCACCAGCUUGACAGUGGACCGGACAAGGUCAUACAGGCCGCCUACCAAGUCAAAUACAAUGCCAAGAAGAUGAAGAAGUUGGAGAAAGAGUACACUACAAUCAAAACUAAAGAGAUGGAGGAGCAGGUCGAAAUCAAGAGACUACGCACAGAGAACCGACUCCUGAAGCAGAGGAUAGACACAUUAGAAAAGGAAAGUGCUUCCUUGGCAGAUAGAUUGAUCCAGGGGCAGGUGACGCGCGCUCAGGAGGCAGAGGAGAACUACCUGGUCAAACGGGAACUGGCCACUAUCAAACAGCAGAGCGAAGAGGCCACAGUGCAGCUGGAGCAGGCCCGCAAAACCAUCAGCCAACUACAGGAACAACAGCAGCCACAUGCGAAGGGGGUCCCUCGGUAUUCGGAGGAAGCUGUGUUGCAGUUGGAGAGAGAGUUGGUCCAGGCCCGACUGAAGGAGGCGGAGUCUCAGUGUGCGCUCAAAGAGAUGCAGGACAAGAUUCUCGACAUGGAGAAGAGAAACACAUCUCUGCCUGAUGACACUAAUGUAGCCCGGCUCCAGGAGGAGCUGAUUGGUGUGAAGAUCCGGGAGGCAGAGGCUCUGACUGGGCUGAAGGAGUUGAGGCAGCAAGUGCGCGACCUGGAGGACCACUGGCAGCGUCACUUGGCUCGUACGACUGGUCGCUGGAAGGACACUCCAAAGAAGGGCGCAGUGACAGAGCUGCAGGACGAGCUGAUGAGUGUGAGGCUGAGGGAGGCAGAGGCUCAGGCGGAGCUCAGAGAGACCAGGCAGAGGAUGCUCGAGCUGGAGACACAGAAUCAGAUCCACAGUAACCAGCUGAGGAGAGCGGAGCAGGAGAGUCGCUGUCUGAAUGACAGAGUGCAGGCCCUGACAACUCAAAACAAAGAUCUACUUUCACAACUGCAGGAGAUAAAGCGCAGACAGGCAGAGAUCGAAUGCAAGAGUAAGGAGGAGGUGAUGGCUGUCCGGCUCAGAGAGGCUGACAACAUCGCUGCUAUGGCUGAGCUCCAGCAGCAGAUCUCCGAGCUCGAAAUACAGAAGGAGGAGGGGAAGGUACAGGGCCAGCUGAACCACACAGACUCCAGCCAGUACAUCAGGGACUUGCAGGACCAGAUCAUGGAGCUCAGACAAGAGAUCUGCUGUCUCAAAGGCCAAAGGGGCAUGUCCAACCAGUCCACAUUUGAUGGCAUCCACUUGGUCAACCACUUCGGAAGUGGGAACCUCGAGUCUUACCACUUUUCAGACGACGACAGAUCCCGGGAUCCCAGUCUCCAAGAAGUCUCGAGUUCGAACCAGAGGGGCAUGUCCGGUCCAACCCGAAUCCGCCUUAGACCUAACAUCCCGGACACAGACAGCGAGGAGGAGGAGGAGGAGGAGGAGGAUGGAGAAGAACUGAGACUCACUGUUCCUUCAACAGCCAAUCAUAAGUCCACUACAGUGUGACAACCAAUCAGGAUGUGGGAUCUGUAGAAAAGGGGUGGGGCCAGCAGCAUUAUUCAUUCAAUGUGGUUCUUAAACGUUCAUAAAAUCACAAAAAAAUUACAGUGCUAGAAUCAAUUGGGACUAAAACAGGACUAAGUUAGGAUUUAAAUAUGUCCUGUAAGUUUGAAGACAAUAUUAAACCCAGUCAAAAUUAAGACUAAACUAUGUCCAAGCCAGGCCCAAAGAAGACUAUACUAGGACUUGACCAGGGCUUAGGUUUAAUAGUAGAAACCAGGGUAAAACCAGGACUACAGGACUAAAUCAGAAUUGUUAUGAACAGGAUUCAGGGACAGUCUUGAAGUACAAACAAGGACUGAACCAGAAACAAGACUAGCAUUGGUCUUAAGUGAACUAGGUCUUAAAAAAUACUAAAUACUAAAUAAAUACUAAAAAAACUGGUAUGAACAGGGCCCAACCAGGACUGAGACCAAUUCAAACCAGGACUAAACCAGGUCUUCAGCACUGCAGUAGAACAAAACCUCUCUUGAAAAGUACAAACCAGGAUUGAACCAGAAUUAAACCAGGACUAAAGCAGGUCUUAAGUUAUUACAGUAGAAUAAAACAGGACAAAAUCUAUUUUAAACCACAACUGAAUUAAAACCCCAACUGAACAAGUAACAACAACUGCUCUUGAGCUCCACCUGUCGUACCUACACCCCAAUUUGAGAACCACUGCUCCAUAGAUUGUCAUUGUUUACCUCCAGUUUGUAGUUUCUGAAAACAAUAAGUGGAUUUCUAAGCAAGAGACUGUGCAAUAAGACAUUUUUCACAACACUCUUUGUCAUGUUUUUAUAUGUUUUAAAAACUUUUAUAGCCGAGAUUCACAUCGCCGUUACUACAAAGCGUCAUGCAGUGGCUCUGCGUGUGUAAAUAUCAACUAUAUCUGUUGUUUUGACCGAGCCUGGUAUCAAACCUGCUUGCACCAGCCGGAAAAUGCUAUUAUAUUAUUAUUAAUAUUACUACUACUACUACUAUCUGCCUUAAGUCACUUGCCUUAACUGGCUCAGUGUGGCAUCUGCAUAUUUGUAGAUAUGUACAUGUGUAUUAUGUUUUUUCAACUCCUUUGAACUUGAAAUGUGUAACUAUUGCAUAUCUGUUUUUGAUUGUACAAAAAAGGGAAAAGUCCAAAAACGAUGCAUUUGGAGAAUUAAAAAUGAAUAAGGGGAUAGAUUUGAAUGACUGUUGCUGUUUCGUAGAAGUAAAAAAAAAAAAAACACCAGUUUGAUAAAUCUAUUCUACUUCUUGGUUUUACACAGGAAAAGAUGAGGGAAAUCAAGAUAAAACUAAAUUGGAGACUUUUUUGAGCAACCAAAAUAAGCAUUAAAGUCUGUGCAAUGCUUUCCGGACCUGAUUCACUUCAUUUUAUGCCUGUUGAGAAUUUGAAUUUACCAAUUUUUCUUGGCCUUGAAAGUGGAAAUACUGAAGCAGCAAGCGAGAUUGAUUUCUCACCAUGAACAAAAAGAUAUCCUGUAUUUUUAGAUGCAAAAAUACAAGGAAAUGGCACUUUUGGAGUCUACAUUGCUUUGAGAACUAACAUAGCAACACAAUGGAGACUGGACACUAAAACUAUACCUUGUUGUUGCUGUGUGGGAUGCAGAGUUGUCACAAUAAAGAAAUGUUUUCCUAAACUCAAA